UUUUUUUUCGAGUUUUGGUGCACCAUUUGCACCUCCCAGUCCACAGCGGCAGCGCCAUACUGAAAGAACAAAACGUUGAAUUGGAAAACCUACUCAGAGUGCGUCUCUCUCUUAAGUCGCAUAUUCAAAUCCUCCAACUCCACCAUGUUCGGCUCCGCGCGAAUCUUCUCCGAUGUCGCUCUGCGCCUCCGCCAAAACCUAUCGCUUCGAGGUGUGCGCGUGCAGAACAUCAACAUCGGAGGCGGUAUGGGAGGCGAGAUCCCCGACAACAAGCGUCUGGAGUACGCUCUCCAGCACCUGCACGGAAUAGGGCGCUCGAAAGCGCACCACAUCGUGUGCGAGCUCGGCGUUGAGAACAAAUUCGUCAAGGAUCUCAGCAAGAGGGAACUCUAUUCCAUUCGCGAGUUGCUCUCCAAGUACUUGAUCGGAAAUGAUUUGAAAAAGUGCGCUGAGAGAGAUGUGGUAAGGUUGGUGGGCAUUCAGUGCUACCGAGGGAUCAGGCAUGUGGAUAACUUGCCCUGCCGUGGACAGAGGACUCAUACGAAUGCACGCACCAGGAGGAGCCGGAAAACUUUCUCUGGAUCGAGAUAGGUACCGCUUGAGAAACAGAUGAGUUUGAGAUGAUGAAAUAAGUUUUGAUAGAGACUUAGCUGGUUUAAGUGAAAUCAAUGUUGAUAUUUACAUGUUCAAUCUGCCUUUGGUGGUUUCAUCUUUUCUUUGCAAGAGCUUUAAUGGUCUUCUCUGCAUUUGGUGGGUUUGUUGUCUUGUUUGAUUGGCCAGCUAAUGUGCUUUUUUAUUUGAAAGUUUUUAAUCGUUUAUACUGGGCAAGGUUUUAUAUUGUGGUUGUAGCUUUGUUGCAGUGCAAAAUUACAAACAAAUGUAAAUCAGUUGUAAUUGUGAUCUCCCAGAGGCUAUGGAUAUCCAAAAAGCCUUCGUUUUAGGAUUGAAAGUGUGGUUGCAAACUAUUUAUAAAGCCUCAGUGUUGAUGUUA